GAUGGAGCUCCGGCCGGGUUUGGACCACAGCAACACAUCCCAGUGAGCCUGGACUGGGUGAACUGGAGGAAAGCGAGCACCGGGAGGGAGGGCCUGGACGGGUCGGAGCACGGCCGCCCCCUCCUCCUGGACCACGUCCCGCUGGGGCAGCUCGGCGCCCGGACUCUGUCGUGCCAGUCUCGGGCUGUCUUCUCCCGGGUGUCGUCGUGGCAGAGUCUAGCACGCCACAGCGCAGACGCGGAAGGAAUUCACAACUUUACCACCCCCCCCUAUUGGCUGGUCCCGCGGCGAAUUAGCAAGCUUCCUACCCAAUCCCAGAGCGUCUCACAUCGCCCCGCCUUCCUCCCCUCCCGGAAGUCUACUCCUACCCAAUCCGCUUCGGCGAGGGCUCUCCAAUAGCCAAUUGGGAGGGAGAAGGGGGCUGGCCGGAGCGGUGGAGCAACCAAUGGCGGCCUGCAAAGGGUGACGCUGCGGAUAUGGCGGCCGCGAUCGGCCGACCCGGUAAAGUGUAGGCUGUUGGGUAACUUCGGUCUGUGCUGGGCAAGAGAAGCAGCUGUUUUAUUGGUGUUCGUCCCUGUGAGGCCCUCGGGGAGAGCGAGCGUCGCGGCCAUGGCUUAUCACUCGGGCUACGGAGCCCACGGUUCCAAACACAGGGCCCGGGCAGCUCCAGAGCCUCCUCCCCUCUUCGAUGACACAAGUGGUGGCUAUUCCAGCCAGCCAGGUGGAUACCCAGCCCCAGGAGCUGAUGUGGCCUUCAAUGUCAACCACUUGCUUGGGGACCCAAUGGCCAACAUCGCUACAGCCUAUGGCAUCUCCAUUGCAUCCCAAGGGAAGGACAUGGUGCACAAGGAGCUACACCGUUUUGUGUCUGUGAACAAACUCAAGUAUUUUUUCACUGUGGACACAGCCUAUGUGGCCAAGAAGCUAGGACUCCUGGUUUUCCCCUAUACUCAUCAGAACUGGGAAGUACAGUAUAGUCGUGAUAUGCCUCUGCCCCCACGGAAAGACCUCAACGCCCCUGACCUCUACAUCCCCACCAUGGCCUUCAUCACCUACGUGCUACUGGCUGGGAUGGCACUUGGCAUUCAGAAAAGGUUCUCUCCAGAGGUGUUGGGCCUGUGUGCGAGCACGGCACUGGUGUGGGUGGUGAUGGAGGUGCUGGCCCUGCUCUUGGGCCUCUACCUGGCCACUGUACGCAGUGAACUGAGCACUUUCCACCUGCUGGCCUACAGUGGUUACAAAUAUGUGGGGAUGAUCCUCAGUGUGCUCACAGGACUGCUAUUCGGCAGUGAUGGCUACUAUGUGGCUCUGGCUUGGACAUCAUCUGCGCUCAUGUACUUCAUUGUGCGUUCUUUGCGGACUGCAGCCCUGGGCCCUGACACCAUCGGGGGCCCAGGCCCUAGAAAACAUCUUCAGCUCUAUCUGACUCUGGGAGCUGCUGCCUUCCAGCCCCUCAUCAUAUACUGGCUGACCUUCCACCUGGUUCGGUGACCCCUGGUCCCAGGUGGCACUGUUUUUUCCAUACAUUGAAGAUUUGAUUUCCUUGA